AGUUCUCGUCUCUCUCUUCAUCUCCGGUUAGACAAGCCCCAAACUUGCCUAAAAAAAAAAAGAGAUUGUUUCUUGCCUUUAUCGUAAACGAAACGAAAAUAAGCGGCAUUUCUCAGCUAAAGACUCACCUCUGCUCUCUCUCUCUCUCUCUCUCUCUCAACACACAGUCUUCAUCGAGUCAGUCAGCAUGAUCCGGGAGCAGAAGGAAUUUAUCACUCAAAUCUUAACUGAAGCAUCAAAUUUCAGAGGCAUACAAGUAACAGAUGAUGAUGAUUGUUUAGUAAAACUACAGGGCAUCAUAGAACGAGUUCAGUAUCUUCCUAAUUUAGAGAAUUCGGCUCUGUCUGAUGUUUCUGAAGAUUUUAUUAGACUCCCAUCGUCAGUUACCCGAGACUUCGAGAUUGUUCAACUCAUGCUAGUGAAAAGUACCCAAAGUGCUAGUUUUGAGCCAAAGUUUCAUGACAAUUACCUAGCCUUUCUUGAGAAAGUUGGUCUCGAUUCAUUGUACAAAGAGGUCCUACUAACUACUUGUGUGAUUUCCAAGGCUCUCUUGUCUCCUCAAAAUCUGUCACACCCAAGGCUCAACCAAGUAUCCCCAGGCCGUACUCUACCAUCUUCAGAAACUUUACUACUUGUUCUUAAAAGUCUAGGUGCAUGGCUUGGGAAGUUUAUCGUCACUACUAAGGGGUCUUUGUCAAAGUUUGACAUAGACCUCAAGUCCUUGGUAGUUGAGGCCUACCAACUUGGUUUAUUGUCUAAAACCCUCCCUUUUGUUCUGGAGUUCUUGGAGCCUUGCAGCAAAAGUCCUUUCUACACACAUUCAGAUCAAACAUCUUACGUUAUGGUCAUACUCAGAUUGCUUAGUGAGAUAUACUCAAUGCCGGGCCUUCAAACCACUCUUGUUUCAAGCAUUGAGGAUCUGUUUGACACCUUUGGUGUUAUGGGACCAAUACAACCAACCUCUCUUUUAGCUAAAUUUUCCAAGAAGGGAGAUAACAACCCAGAUUUCGUUGACAACGAGUCAUAUAUCACUGGGGAAAAACAUGAUCAGCAACUAUCGACUCUCAUUGACAAAAUCAAGAAUAUCGUCAUCAUUAGUUCGAGAUCACAUCCACGAUUGGCUUCUCUUCCUGAUUCUUUGAGUGCGGUGCAACUUGCUGUGUCGAAAGCAAUUGAGAUUGUUGUGCCUCAUCUUGUUAAGAUGUCUGUAGAUAUUGCAGUCUACAGCACCAAAGCUCAUAUUUUGAUGACUUAUCCCUUAGGAGCAGAUGACAAUCUGAGAAAUAAUGCAGCAUCUGUGAUGGCCACUUCUUUAGCUCAAAGAUAUGCUAAAAAGUUGUGCAAGGAACCUUUGCGUGGAUGGAUCUAUAGCCUUCUCCAUGGUUCAAUUCAGCAUCUACCCAUUAGCUACAAAGCUCGAAGUCAGAUUGUGGACUCUAUCAUCACGAAUAACCUUCAGGCUAUCUAUGUGGGCAUCCAAGAGAUGGCCAGAACAGAGGUAGAGCGGGAUAUUCACGCUCAAGUCCAGCUGUGGAUUCGUGCAGGCAAUGAUAAUAAUAGCAACGAGGUCAUAAAGGAGAAAAUGAAGGCUGGGAUUUCUGUGAACGAAAUGAAGGAUCUACUUGAUUUUUAUUUUGUGUUUGUGGGAGAUAAAUAUGAAGCUUUAUUGGAGGCUAUUUUUAGUGGGGUGGAGAAAGGCUUUGCCAAAGUUCUUGAGGAGAAGAAAAUCUACUUAACUGCUGUCAUGGAACCGACGUCCCAGUGUUUCCUUCUUCAGGCUAUUGAGAAUUAUUUUUAUAAAGGAGCCUCUGUAGCAUUCAAGAAAGAACUGCCUAUGGUGUUUGAGUAUCUUCUUACUGCUCCUGAUCUUGCAGAUGGGGAAGACGUGACAUAUUUUGUUACAAAAAUCCAGCAUGACACAGAAGCCAGUACUUCAAUUCGACAAUCUGUGAAGAAUCUGCUAAGUCGAAUUCAGGAUGCUGCUGUUCAAGAUAGAGCCCCAUAUGUAGUUUGACCAUCGCCACGGAAUUGUUUUUGUUUUGGUUCCAGUAUAUAUGAGGAACAAACAAUUAUCUUUCCCCUUUCAACUCCUUGAGAACUCGAGCACAGACACUACAAUGGGUUUCCUCUUAUUCAGAGUUGCAUUAAAUAUUGUUGCAGAUUA